UGCUAAAUUCCUAUAGUCUAGUAAAUACUUACAAUUACACAGCAGGACACCAGGUUGUUAGCAUAAAGGGUGCAGGGCUAGAUCCAUCGGUCAUCACGUGCGAAUCGCGCCCGUCGGUCUAGCGAAAUAGAAUCUUUUGGGCACCUCAAUGGCCCCGAACGCGGGAUCUUUUGUUUUGAGUGAGCUAACUCCUAUCCUAUCCUAUCCACAACGAAUUGAGUACAACAACUCGCUACGAAAAUUGGAAUCUUCAAACAUAACGAACUCGCAAUAAAGAAGCAAAAAAAUGGAAGUAUCCGGCACAUCUUCAUCAAGGAGCCUCUGCGUAAUCACUGGCGCCUCCAGAGGGAUUGGGAAAGCGAUAGUGCAAGCUUUGUUGCAAUCGGGAACCAACUACACUGUCAUUGGAAGUGCGAGAUCCGCGAGCUUGAUGUCACCCUCAUCUGGUCGUGGAGAAGAUCAAGAUUUUAUUUAAGGGUAGGGACUUAGAAAAGGUGCUUUUGAUGUUGUUACCGUUUGUUAUCAUGGCUCUCGUCCUAAGGGGGACAACCAUAACAAGCGGGCUAAACAUUUAAUAGAACAACAAAAACCUACCUGCUCUAAUUUAUCCCAGUUCAAGGGGAUUUAACCCAAGCGUCAACGAUAGCGAAGAUUCGAGAAGCAGUGGGCACCAGGACGAUAGACUUGUUGGUUCAUAAUGCUGGAAAUAUUGAACCGAUAAGGCCUUGCUUAAUGCCUGAAUCUGAAGGAGACGGACAAAGGGAAAGAACCGGAACAGACACGACAGGCACAGGAUCAUCAAUUUCCACAAGUUUCCGAUCUCUCUUCGACAUCAAUUUCUUUUCCGCUGUAGAACUAAUGGAAGCCUUAGGACCCUGUAUGAGCCCAACAGCCCUCGUGAUGUUUAUGAGUUCAGCUGCAGCGGGUCCCUUUGUGACACAAGGAUGGGCCGGAUAUUGCGCCAGCAAAGCUGCCCUCCUGCAGUAUGCCCGUAUCCUGGCAUUGGAGAACAGUUUUAAGGUCAUUUCUUUUGGUCCUGGUAUCGUGGAUACAGACAUGCAGAAGCGCAUUCGGGAAACGCAUAGGAGGGAUCAAGAAGGACUAGAAGCAGUGCCGGGUGGUCGGGAAGGACUACCUGUAGUCACGAAUCGAAAUGAUGAAAGGCAAGCGUCCACAUCCACUUCGACGAAAACGAGUACAAAACAAGAUCCUGGCUUUCUUUCUUUUCUCAAUUCUCUACAUGCAAGUGGCGAUAUGAGGACAGUGGAGAUGGUUUCGAAGUCAGUGUUGGCAUUAUUUCAGAGGAGAAACGAUGCAGAACUGAGGAAAUUUUUUACUGGUGAAUUUGCGGACUAUCAAGAUGUGGAGCCGGUGUUGUUUCCAGGAACAACAUCAAGCUAAAAACUGAGAUUUUCAGCUUAUUUUUUUCAAAUUUUAUAACCUGCUUUCUAGUUUAUUGGAAGACCCGUAGUUGUACUUGUUCUUCUAAGUGUAGUUGAGAUAUUAAGAAAGACCCUUGCUGGAUGAAGAUCAGAAGGAGCUGUUACCCAAAUCCAAAGCCAAAACUGUUAUGCCUCACAUGAAGGAAGAUGAAGAUCCAAAUCCAAAAGAUCACCUUCAGGAUAGAAGUGCUGUCGUAGAAUCAGAGACAGAGAUCACCCACUUCUGCUAGUGGGUCUAGCAUUCAACACACAAAAAGGGAAAAUUCCUCGAUGUGUUAGAGUUGUAGCGCC